UUUGCCGCCAAACGCAGCCUCGUUUCAACACUGUCAACAUUAAUUCUGACGCUGGAAGUUGCAUAGAUCCACUUUAAAGAGCUAGAGUUUUGCAGAGAAAUGGCUGACAGCAAAGCAGUAACGAUUCGGACGAGGAAGUUCAUGACCAACAGGCUCCUAUCAAGAAAGCAGUUCGUCAUUGAUGUUCUGCAUCCAGGUAGAGCCAAUGUUUCAAAGGCGGAGUUGAAGGAGAAAUUGUCAAGGAUGUACGAGGUGAAAGAUGCAAACUCCAUAUUCGUAUUCAAGUUUCGUACCCAUUUUGGAGGUGGGAAAUCAACUGGUUUUGGGCUGAUUUAUGACUCAGUUGAGAACGCAAAAAAGUAUGAGCCAAAGUACAGGCUAAUCAGGUUCUCCUUCAGAUCUGGUGGUUUUUGGUUUGAGAGUGUGGUUGAGAGACAUUUAGGGUUUGUAAUGACUUUGUUUGUUUUGGUUUUGGAGAAUAAUUUGGUAUGA